AUGGCUGACGUAGAAGGUGUUGCGCCGGCAAAAGCCGCUGACACGCUUACUGACAGCCAAAAGCCAGCGGAAACUACAGCUCCGGUAGCGCCUGAGACGACUGAGACGAUUGAGACGACUGAGUCUGCUGCCCCCGUCGGUACUGGGAAAGCUGCCGAGCCAACCACUAGUGCAGCAGCAAUCCCAGAAGAGGCACCCGAAAGCACGCCUCAAGCUCAAGCUGCCGACAAGGCCGACACUGAGCCCGCAGUCGCUCCUGAGAAGCCCGAUGAAAAGCCCGAUGAAAAGCCCGAUGAAAAGCCCGAUGAAAAGCCCGAUGGAAAGCCCGAAGCCGCCGCAAGCGAGCCUCGGACCGUCCCUGCCGGUACUCCGCUGGAGCAGCUGUGGGCCAUCGCCCAAACCAACGGCCACCCGGAAGUCUGGGGCGUGACUCUGGCGGACCCCGAGACACAUGUGCCGUCGCAAAUCGUCUUCCAGAAAUAUCUCAAUGCCAAUGAUGGCGACCUCAACAAGGCCAAAGAGCAGCUGAUCAAGACGCUGGAAUGGCGCGCCAAGUGGAAGCCUCUCGACUCUCUGUCUAAGACUUUCAGCAAGGAGAAGUUCGCCGGGCUGGGCUAUGUCACUUCUUAUGGUGGUCCGACUCCGGAAACCAAGGAGGUCUUCACCUGGAAUAUCUACGGCAUUGUAAAGAACAUGGAGUCUACCUUUGGUAACGUGGACGAGUUCAUCGCAUGGCGCGCUGCACUGAUGGAGCUGGCCCUCCAGGAAUUGUCACUUUCAACCGCCACAAAGCCCAUCACCGCUACCGAGGAUCCUUACAAGAUCUACCAGGUGCACGACUACAAGUCUCUGAGCUUCUUCCGCCAGAACUCGGCAGUCAAGGCGGCCUCGAAGGAAACGAUCCAGGUGUUCGGGUUGACAUACCCAGAGCUCCUGCGGGAGAAGUUCUUCGUGAACGUACCCGCCAUCAUGGGCUUCAUGUACGGUGUGAUGAAGCUUUUCGUUGCGCCCAAGACCAUCAAGAAGUUCCACCCCAUGAGCAACGGCGGGGCACUGGCUUCGGAAUUCGGCGAGAGCAAGGUCAAGAAGCUUGGCGAUGCGCUGCCAAAGGCCUACGGUGGUCACGGCGAAGACCUGCAGAUCCAGGGCAAAACUACCACGUUGGAAUAA